AUAUCGACCAAGCCGUUCCUAUUCCAUGUAUUCCGCAGGAAAACGUCCUACUGAAUUAAUGUGUCACCACAUGUGUGGCUUGUCGUAGUAUAGCAGGAUACUGUUUUCACCAGACUCCAACCAAUGGCCGAUUUGUCCUCGCUACUGUUGUUUGUUAAAUGACCGCCAAAGCCUUAGACAAGCAUAUCUAGCUUUGUCUGUCCCUCAACGUACACGCCUCCCCGUGGCUGGGUGACUAAUAUCACGACAUUGAGGCAGUAACCCGGCUGCCGCGGAGCUCAGAUACGUCGUCAAAAUGAGAGGUGUGUGUAUUUGAAAACUCGAAAUAGUUCCAGGUAGUGUCAUAAGGCUGAAGAGGAGUUUGGUGGGCUCACAUUUUUUGAAUGAAAUAGCGGGCUGUUUGGUUACUGUCCAAAACACCUAGAGAGGAAGGAGACUGUACAAUCAAUGGUUUACCGUCUCUAGGUAAUGUGAUGGCGUCACCGGACGAAAUGAGUCAUCCUCAACGGGGACAGAACCGACUACAUAAAUGGGCUUUGUGGCGGAUGUCUGUCAACCAGGAGCUGAUACAUGGCUUGGAGGAAGCGAGUCCAAACACUGAGCGACAGGCAUGCAACUCUUUCAUGGACACCCAAAGCAUCACCCAGCGUUACAUACAAAACCCUGACAUGCAAAGGGAACAGACAUACCAUAUUAGACACACAUACGGCAUGCCCCCAUCACCUAAAUACCCCAUGGGAGACACGCUGUACUUUUUGUAUGGGUUACCAAGGGCUACUGCUUCGGCCUCGGUACCUGAGGUGAUAUCCUCCCAAUAUGCUUCCAUGCCAAACAUAGCUGACAUAACAUUACAUGACGACCCCACACAACCUGGAAGCGUCAAAAACAAGACUGAUUUCCCUCGACGUACUUCAGCGCCUGCACAACCUGUUUUGCUUGAUAGUCGUGAACCUGAACAACUGCAGCCCAAUAUCACAGCUCAAGCUCCACCACUAGGAAGGUACUCACCUCGCCCAAUGACUUUCUUGGAUAGGGUUAGUGAGUUGAACUCAAAACGAGGACAGCCGUCACCUGUUCACUUCCGGGACACGCCGGAAACAGACAACAGUCCAGAUCAUGUUAAUAAUAUCAACAAACCUGUUGUCGUUCCCCCGUCAGUUUUUCGGAGCGAAGUUAUGAGGCGAUCCAACAUCGAUCUGCCACUGAACAUAGAUGGUCAUGGAAGUGAUCUUUCAGUGCCAAAUGAUAUGAUGUACGGUGCUGCUGAUGAUGAUGGUUUUGAGGACCCACGCAUUGCUAGAUUCAAUCCCGGUCGACAGAAGUACACAUGGAGCGUGAUAAGUGGGGACGGAAGUAUGUCUGAUAAACGGUACAGGUAUGUUGACGAGAGUCAUAUGAUGACACACCUCUGAAGACACACAAGGUUUGUAAAGGAAGAUUCCCUUAAUAUGUUGCCUUUCUCAGCAAUUUGAACAUCGAACGAUCCUGCCUGUUAGCUGUGUAAACUGCUCAACCAACAUAACGCGAGUUCACAGAAAUCCCACACUUCAUAUUGUCAUUUCAUUUGAAAAUCUAUCAUUAUUUCUAUAUUACGUUAACAUUACUGUGAUGUUGUCAGGGUGGCUCACACCUAGUAUUGACAGCUAGGGGUCACACUAAUAUCGCAUUAGCUUUUGUUAUGUUCAAUAUUUCUGUCUUUCAGCAUUAACAUGGACAUCAAUUUAGUUUACAAUAUUCAUAUAUGUGAAAUAUUCAAUAAAAAGUUUAUUUGUAAAUUUAUUAAGCAUUACAUGUAUUUGUUACCAUUACUUUCGACUGUUUUUACCAACCAAUACCUCUAUGUUUUAUACAUAGUGUCAUGGGACAGUAGAGAUUGUUGUAAGUUAUUUGUAGUGAUUGUCGGUGACAUAAAAUGGUUGAAGCGCUGGUAAAAUAUCGAGAGUUGUCGUGGUCAGAUUUCAGCGACUGACAUCGGAGUUACCGUCCCCUUUUACGACCUGACUUGUGUAAUAUCUUCUUGGUUUGUGGAUAUAUAUCUGGAAACAUCGAAUUCCUGCCGGCUUCCUCUAUUCUGGAUUCAAGUACCGAGUGAAACAGUGGAACAGUGAAAUAUUCUGGACUACCAUGAGGGCUUGACAUAGGGCUUGUAACUUAUUACUGCUGUCACAAACUUGGCCCAUUGUAUUGCCUUUUGUGAUUGUAAACCUUAAACUGUAUGUGUGAAAUAAUGUUUUAUUUAUUCAUUGAUCAUGUGUGGUCAUUUACUGAUUUUACAAUUUAGUCAUCAACGUCCUAAUUUCUGGUAUAGCCUUUGCGUUUCAAUAUCGAAAUCACCUCGUAACAAAUGACGAAAUACCUUUAGAUUUCAUCCGAAAUAGUCAAGUCUUGUUGCAGCAGACUUAUGUUAUUAAACUUACACUUAAACUUGUUUUAGCUGAGUUUGCUAAAUCAGUUGGUCAGUUCCAUUUGAAAGUAUCAAGUGUUUCUAUCCUUGUAUUCGAAUCAGCGAAUGGUUAAUAUUCCGUGCUCAGGAUCUCUAUAAGAAUAUGGCAAUCGAUGUUACGUUGCCUGUGCUCUGACCAUCGUAAACAUAGUUGCCAGCUCAUUGCCACACAUACUAGCGUAUGUGCAUUGCACAUGAAAUAAAGUCCAGCUGUCAACUCACGCCCCAGUAGCCUUUGCUGCCCUAACCGGAGCCAUGCCCGCUACUACACAUCAACAUUUGGGAGCUUGAAACAACAAUCUGGUAUUUGGAAGUGGAUGCUUUAAUAAAUAAGGAUAUCUGUAUUACU